AUGGGCCGCCAAAAUUCAGCAAACGCAAAGGUCGUCGGCGCCGAGCUGGCGGCCGUCCUUCCGGACAUCGGCCCUUGGUACAAACAGCCUCAUAUCCUUCGCCUCAACCUAUGCGUCAUCUCAAUCAUGAUGUGCGCUUCAGCCAACGGAUAUGACGGCUCCAUGAUGAACGGCUUGUUGGCGUUGCCCCAGUGGCACUCCUUUAUGAACCAGCCCACCGGUCCUUGGCUCGGCUUCGUCAACGCGGCCUACUCUCUCGGAAACGUCCUCGUCUACCCGAUCUCUGCGUGGGUUUGCAACAAAUACGGCCGGAAAAUGGGCAUCUACAUCUCUUGGGGAUUCCUUGCUCUGGGUUCAGCUCUACAGACGGCGGCCCCCAACGACGGAGCCUUCGUGGCAGCGCGCUUCAUCAUCGGUUGCGCCUCCGGUUUCUUCCUCUCAGCCCCUCUUCUUAUCACUGAGAACGCGUAUCCAACUCACCGUGGAGUCGUCUCAGCUCUGUACAACUGUAUGUGGUACGCCGGUGCCGUCGUCGCAGCAUGGGCGACCUUCGCAACCCGAAACCUCGAUGAGUGGUCCUGGAGAAUGCCAUCACUCCUCCAAAUCGCCCUACCCAUUCUCUCCGCCCCGGGCCUCCUCAUGAUCGGCGAGUCGCCCCGUUGGCUCGUAUCAGUAGACCGCGUCGACGAGGCCAGGCUCGUCAUCGCCAAAGCCCACGCCGGCGGCGACGUCCACUCCCCGCUCGUCAACUUCGAAAUGAUGGAGAUCGAGGAGACAAUCCGGGCUGAGAGGGAGGCUCACUCCGCGACGACUUGGGCCGACCUCUACAGCACUCCCGGAAACCGCCACAGACUCUUCAUUUCCUACUGUGGUGUUGGUGUUAUCUCGUAUUACCUGGCUCUCGUGCUGUCGUCCGUCGGCAUCAAGUCCGUCGACGACCAGACUCUCAUCUCAGCCUGCAUCCAGAUCUGGAACCUCAUCUGCGCGACCAGCGCCGCCAUCCUGGUCGACAAGGUCGGAAGACGAGCGUUAUUCUUAGCAUCCGGCACGAUCAUGCUCAUCUCCUUCACCAUCGUGACCGGCCUCUCCGGCAGCUUCGCCAGCACCGGCAACGCCCCGACCGGCACGGCCGUGAUCCCCUUCCUCUUCAUCUUCUACCUCGGCUACGACAUCGCCCUGACGCCCCUCAUGGUCUCCUACCCCGUCGAGAUCUGGCCCUACCGCCUGCGCGCCAAGGGCCUCACCGUCGCCCUCAUGGUCUCCCUCGCCUGCGUCUUCUUCAACACCUUCGUCAACCCCAUCGCCCUCGAGUCCAUCGCCUGGAAGUACUACUUCGUCUUCCUCGCCGUCCUCGUCGUCAUGCUCGUCAGCGUCUGGUUCGGGUACCCCGAGACCCGCGGCCGCACCCUCGAGAACGUCGCGUUCCUCUUCGACGGCGACGAGGCCGAGGUCGGCACCGGCACCGCGUCCAGCGCGCUCAAGCAGGCGGACAACGCGCGAUUCGGGGAGGUCGCGCAUGUGGAGGAGAGCGACGAGAAGAGGUAG